AUGAGUAGAGAGUACCAUAUUAUGAUUGGCCAAAUUAAUAUUGGAGAAAGACCUACUCGAUCACUCUCAAUAAAAUAUUUAGCUAACAGCAAACGUAUACGUGAUUCUACAGUUGAAUAUGACCUAGAGUUGAUCACUAUUAGGGAUUUCUUACACAGAGUGUCAUAUUCAAUGGAAUCAUACAUGAACUGUCAGAGACACUGGAUAGCAAAUGUCGAAAACGAAAUUGGAGAAAAAGUUGUAAAUCAGAAUCAUAAGUUUGAGAAAAUUAAAAAGUAUUUAAUGUAA